AUGCGCCGUGUGCUCCCCCAACGGCGGCCCUUUUCACCCUCCCACCCCUCGCCAACCUCAUCCUCCCGCAUCACCAACGACCUGCAAAGCCGUCCGCCCAAACUCAUCCCCGACUACCUCAGUCCCAUGCCCUCGCACCUCCUCACCACAACUCUAUCCGACCUUCUGCACGCCCCAACCCCCUCGUCACCCACGAUACAAUCGCCCCCAGAGGUCCUCCCCCAAGGCCACCACCUAGUCUACUUCCCUAUCCAAACCGCGCCCUCAAAACUGGCCCCCGACGGCGCAGACCUCGACCACUCCCCCGGGCCCGAGUUCCCGCGCCGAAUGUGGGCCGGCGGCGAGGUGAGUUUCCGCAAAGGAUGGAGGGAGAGCCUCCUCAUGGACGGGCGGCCCUGGCGCUGCAAAGAGGAGAUAGGCGACGUGAGGGUCAAGGGAGACAAGGGGCAGGAGAAGGUAUUUGUAGAUGUGUGGAGGAGGUACGGCGCCAAGCAGGAGUGGGACAUUGAAGAGCGGCGGACGCUGGUGUUUAUGAGGAAUACCGAGGGGCAGCUGGCUUCCGCUCCUCGGCGAGCCACGACAUGUGAGUCUGCGUCCCCGUGGGUUAUUCUGUGUCCUCGGUGA